AUGCAACCGCAAACUCGGCUGCACACUUCGCGCAACCAGCGGGGCGUGCUCGCGCGUCUGCGAUCUCAGAACCCGCCUCGUCGCUUCGGCGGCGGGGGAGACCUAAUGUUCGCGCUGCCGCAUGCACAAGCGCGGAGCCAGUAUGUGCACGCCCGCGAGUCGCUCGAGGACGUGAUCGUGAUCGUCGCUUUAGGGCAGACCGUAGCCGCGGGCGAGGUAGACGAAGCGGAGUGUCUAUCUCACGUCUACAUCUAA